GCUCUAAAAAAAUUAAUUGUGAUUGGAAAGUUAACUUGUCAUCUGCAACUAGUAUGAUUUGUAUCACUAGUUUUAAUGAUCACUAUGUUGAGCAUCAACUUUCACCGGAUACAAAUAUUUUUGCCCCAGUAAAUCAUCAGUUUUCUGAUGAUUGUCGUGAAGAAAUUCGGCACUUGGUAGUAAAUGAACAUAAGGUGGAAGAAAAUGAUGCAUCUAGGCUUUUAUCACAACUCCAUGAAUAUAGAGAAAAGGACUCUAAUUGGUAUAUUGAAUCCUUAAUCAAUUCUAUUA